GUUCGUUUUUUCAGUGGCUAUAAGCCGGGGCGACUAGAAACCGAAAACGGAAGAAAGUACGAGCGGACCUGUUGAUAUAUUCAGUGAAAUUCAAGAGCGGUAAUAGUGAACGCCUGUUGUUACUCAUUUCGUGCCAUAAGAGUUAUGACAUCCUUACAUGUGGCUCUUCUGUUUAUGUUCGUGCAUUUGACGAAUGCUGUUUAUGAAAAUAACGUUUGUCCGACUUUUUUCGACUAUCUCAAUGUGCUGAACAAUUCGAAUUGUUGGUAUAAUUUUGCGGCCGACUCUAAAGUUCCAGAUAUAAUUAAAAAAUCAGGGUACCCUUUCAUGGAAUACAAAGUAAAAACAAGGGACGGCUAUAUUUUGACAGUCUUUCGAAUUCCUAGCGUCAAUUUGAAAAAACCUCCAGUGUUUAUGUUGCAUGGUGUCCAGAGCUCGUCGGGAAUUUACGUAGGUUUAGGACGAAGUUCUUUGGCCUUUCUCCUCGCUGACGCAGGCUACGAUGUCUGGCUGGGAAAUUAUCGCGGCACUGAAUACUCAGAAGGACAUACUUAUCUCAAUGUUACCAUGAAGGAUUAUUGGAACUAUGGUGUCGACGAAAUAGCGCUUAUUGACGUGCCUACGAUGCUUCAGCUUGUGUCAUAUCACUCAGGACAUCGCGGUAAAAUAAUUUACGUAGGACACUCUCUCGGCACGACCGCAGCCAUAAUGUACUCCUCCGAACAUCCGGAUCAUGCCAGGCGAACUGUUCAACUGUUCAUAUGGAUAUCGCCAGCUUACAAGCUGACACACAUGAGAUCCCCUUACCGCUUAUUGUUUCCACUAAUGAUGACAGCUCUUAGGUUCUCGAAUGCACUAAACGUAGUGCAAGUAAUCUCCAGAGGACACUCCAGCAGACUAACACGACCGACUUGUUUGGCAUCUCCACCUUUGAUGCUGGUUUGUUUGAAUCUCCUGAAUCUCUUUUUGGGACCAUUCACACAAAUUGCUCCAGAAACAAUUCCUGUGCUGUUCAAUCAGUUGCCGUCAGGAACAUCGUUCAAAACCAUGACAUAUCUUGCAGAAGCAGUGAGAGGAAGAUUCAGAAAGUACGAUUAUGGGUCGGGCAGGAAUAUGUUUCAGUAUGGCAGUGAGGAACCACCAACGUACAAUGUUACCAACAUUCAGGUGCCGGUCAUACUCGUGUAUUCAUCACACGAUUGGGCAACAACUAAAGAAGAUGCGAUGCUUUUAUAUGAGUCACUUCCACGAAACGUCAGAUAUGGUAGAAUCGAAAUCAAACAAUUGAAUUUCAAUCAUUUCGACUUCUUAUUUGGAAGAAAUUCAAGAAAAUUAGUGGCUGAACCUUUGUUAAACAUGAUUGAUAAAUUUUUGGACGAAUCGAAAACAAUGUUUUGCCUCAGUUGCGGUAACAUGAUAAGGCUGAUUGUCGUGUUGUGUUUUGUCCUUUGCUGGACUCUUCCUGCAGAAGCCAACGACAGGAAUGUGUGUCCAACUUUUAAGGAUUAUUACACGGUGAAGAACAAUUCCAAUUGUUGGUAUGACAUCUCAGCAGAUCUCGAUGUGCCGCAACUGAUACAAGCAAUGGGGUACAAAGUUAUAGAAUACAAAGCGAGAACACAAGACGGCUUCAUAUUGACACUAUUCAGAAUACCCAGUAAUAAACUGGACGAUCCAAAUGCUAGAAUUCAUCCUGUGUAUCUACAACAUGGUUUGGUAUCCACUUGCGCCAAUUUUAUUGGACUUGGGAAGAAGUCUAUAGGCUUCUUACUGGCAGAUCAGGGAUAUGAUGUCUGGUUGGGGAAUUACAGAGCAAACAAUUACUCUGAGGACCACAUGUAUUUGAAUAUAAGGAGUGAAGAAUAUUGGGAUCAUUCGAUGGAUGAAAUAGUUUCGUACGACUUUCCUGCAAUUUUCCACACCAUUCGAGAAGCAACUGGCCGCAAGGAGAAAAUAAUCUACAUCGGACAUUCACUGGGAACUUCUUUGGCUUUAAUGUACGGCGCAGAAUUCCCAACCGACGCAAAAAACAAUUUAAAACUUCUCAUUCUUUUAUCACCUGCUUAUUCCCUCGGUAAUAUGAUAUCGCCGUAUAAAAUGGCUGCUCCCUACGGAGACUGGAUCGUGGAUACAGUGAGGAGACUGGAAAUGACCAGAAUUGUUUCCCAAUCCUCAGAAUUGAGGAGAGCUGUUAGAACCAUGUGUCUCGAGUCGCCACCACUCAUGCAGUUCUGUCUACAGCUGUAUAACAUGUUCUAUGGACCAAACACAGAUUUAGGACCGGAAAUUAUUCCCGUGUACUUCAAUCAAUUGCCAGGGGGUACGUCUCUGAAAAUCCUGAACCACGCUGCUGAUUUGGUGUUGGGAAACUUUAGAAAAUAUAAUUAUCAAGCGUUGAAUAAAAAAGUUUACGGAACCAGAACACCACCCAUUUAUGAUUUGCAAAAGUUGAAAGUGCCGGUUUAUGUGGUCUUUAGUACUCAGGAUUGGGCUACAACUGAAGCGGAUGCUUGGAAUCUGUACAGAAAUUUACCAGACAGAGUGAAGUAUGGAAUUCGUAAGAUCAACCGUAGGAACUUUAAUCACAUUGACUUCGUGUUCGGUAGACACGCCAAAGAAGUAGUUUACGACGAUUUACUGAGAGUGAUUGCAAAAGUUGUGGAGUCUUGAGGAAUACGAAUGCAAUUUAAAACUUUCAAUGUCAAUAAAGUACUUAAUUUUUUAGUCAAAUGACUAGUCCAUUCAAUCAUAACAUCUGUGUAGAAUUUUUUAUGUAGAUUUCGUUAUUUAUUGGACCAAUCAUUAUGUUUAGUUUAUUGUUUUAAAAAAUAAUAUUACAUAAUUAUUAAGAAACGUUAAACCGUUUGUCUGCUUAAAAUAUGGUUCCUUC